AAGAAGGAUGGGAAGUCUGGAUUCCUACACCUAACCAACUAUCAAAGGUAGCACUUAUACAGACAGGUGUUAGAAAUACAUCAUGUCCUCCUCAUACAGUAUCAGGCAGAGCACGACAUCCUCUGGAUCCUCAGGUGGAUUGGGAUUAGGUGUCCAUGGUGGUGGCUCAAGUCGGUUGUCUGUAGGUAGUUACAAGCCAUCUAGCAUCCAUGGAGGCAGUGGUGGCAGAAAUAUCUCCAUCUCCACUUCUAGAGUGAUGUCCUCUGGGGCUAGCGGGCUUGGAAGUAGCCUAGGUGGUGGAUUUGGUGGUCUAGCUGGUGGGGUAGGUGGGGGCUAUUCAUCUAAUUAUUGCUUUGGAGGUGGACUUGGAGAUGGUCUUCUCCAAGGAGGUGAGAAGGAAACUAUGCAAAACCUGAACGACCGUCUGGCCUUAUACUUGGACAAAGUACGCUCCCUGGAGAAGGCCAAUACUGAACUGGAGAUUAAGAUUCGUGAAUGGUAUGAAAAACAAGCACCAAGGCCAGACCAUGACUACAGCAAUUAUUACAAAAUCAUUGAAGACCUUCGCAACAAGAUCCUCAAUGCUACCAUGGACAAUGCCAGCUUGCUCCUUCAGGUUGAUAACUCCAGAUUGGCUAUUGGGGACUUCACGACCAAGUAUGAAACUGAAAUGAACCUGCGUAUGAACGUUGAGAGUGACAUCAAUGGACUACGCAAAAUUUUGGAUGAACUUACCCUUACUAGAUCAGAUCUGGAGGUCCAGCUUGAGAGCUUGAAGGAAGAAAUGGCUUACCUGAAGAAGAACCAUGAAGAGGAAAUGAAUUCUCUUCGUGGACAAGUUGGCGGCCAUGUCAAUGUAGAGAUGGAUGCUGCCCCAGGUAUUGACCUAAGUAAGAUUUUGUCUGACAUGAGAGACCAAUACGAAGGGAUGGCUGCAGAGAACCGUAAGCAAGUUGAGGCCUGGUACUUCAAGCAGACAGAGGAACUGAACAAAGAAGUUGCAAGCCACAGUCAACAAAUCCAGUCCAGCAAAACAGAAAUGACCGACCUCAAACGUACCAUCCAAAGCCUGGAGAUUGAAUUUCAGACACAAAUAAGCAUGAAAGCGGCACUGGAAGGCACCUUAGCAGAAACGGAAGGCCGGUACUGUAUGCAGCUCUCUCAGAUACAGGACAUGAUCAGCAGUGUUGAAGCUCAGCUAGCAGAAUUACGGUCAGAUAUGGAACGCCAGAGCUAUGAGUACAAAAUACUCAUGGAUGUGAAGACCCGUCUGGAACAGGAAAUCGCAACCUACAGACGUCUCUUGGAGGGUGAAGAUACCAGUAUUUCAUACAAAGAAUCCCCUAAAACCAUACGACAAAUCCGUACCAUUAUUCACGAUACCAUUGACGGAAAAGUGGUGUCCUCACAGGAGAAAGUCCAGGAAUCAACCUACUAAUCUAAACCUGUCGCCAUAUUCAGCACAGAUUUCUGCGAUGCAAUAUAUCUAAUAUAACUUGUUUUAGUGGCAGGCAACCUGUGGUACUCCUGUUGUUUAGGAAUUUAAAAUCCCAGAAUGCAUAUGGGUAUCUGAGGUUCUGCAGCAGCUGGGGAGCCAUAGACUACACAAGCCAACUCUGCCCUGCAAUCAUAAAGAUGACCAUUAUCGUGUGCUGAGUUAAUCGAUAAGGUCACUGACACCAAUUUAUGUCUGUAUUUCUUGUGCUACUUUUUGAGGCCUCUCUAUUUUCUAUAUCUAAUAAACUCAUCAGCUUUCUCAUGCA